AUGGCCGCCCCAACUCAGACAGGUCUGUCCCCGACGGAGGAACAGCAAUAUCAUAACACAAUAUUGGAUAAUCAGCCGCCAAUUCCUACAGCCGAGGAUAUUGAAAAGCAAAAAUCGGAAGAAACCACGGCCAAGCAAUCAGCCUUCAAAGGUCUUGGCUGGCUAGAUCGUUUUCUGGUCGUAUGGAUCUUCCUUGCCAUGGCUGUCGGAAUCAUCCUGGGCAAUUUUGUCGAAGACAUGGGUCCAGCCCUGCAAAAGGGGAAAUUCGUUGGGGUGUCUAUUCCAAUCGCGAUCGGUCUCUUGGUCAUGAUGUAUCCCAUUCUUUGCAAAGUGCGGUACGAAUCUUUACACUAUGUCUUCCGAGAGCGUGGGAUCUGGAUCCAGAUUGCGUUCAGCAUCUUCGUCAAUUGGAUUAUUGCUCCUUUCUUGAUGCUGGCACUCGCAUGGGCCUUCUUGCCAGACGAGCCACAACUUCGGGAGGGCUUAAUUCUCGUUGGAUUAGCCAGAUGCAUCGCUAUGGUUCUUAUCUGGACCGGUCUCGCUGGCGGUGACAGUGAAUACUGCGCUAUUCUUGUUGCGGUCAAUUCACUGCUGCAGAUGGUGCUCUUCGCUCCCAUGGCCAUUUUCUUCAUCAAAGUCAUUAGCCACUCGGGUAGUCAAGUUACAUUAUCUUAUUCUACCGCUGCCAAAAGCGUGGCAGUGUUCCUUGGAAUCCCCCUAGGUGCCGCAAUCGUCACCCGCAUUACCCUUCGAAAAAUCGCUAGCCCACGUUGGUACGACCAGGUUUUCCUGAAGUGGGCUGGCCCGUGGUCACUUCUUGGGCUUCUCUUCACGAUCCUUGUGUUGUUCGCAUCUCAGGGCCGCCAGGUGGUUCAUCAAAUUGUAUCAGUAGUCCGAGUUGCCGCUCCUCUCAUCGUUUAUUUUAUUAUUUUCUUCUUCAUCACUCUUCUUGUGACUUACAAGCUCGGGUUUGGUUACAAGUUGGCUGCUACUCAAAGUUUGACCGCGGCUAGCAAUAAUUUCGAGCUUGCCAUUGCUGUCGCUGUCGCAACGUUUGGUGCCAACAGCAAUCAAGCGCUUGCCUCCACUGUCGGACCGUUGAUUGAGGUUCCGGUACUGCUUGGCCUUGUCUAUGUUGUCAAAUUUAUAGCCAAGCGAGUUGACUGGAAGGACUGA